ACGUACCUACUACAAUGAGUCAUCCUCCGCCUGUUUCCUGUAUUCCAAACACUGCCAAAAUGUCGAAAGCUAAAAAAGUGAUUGAAGAAGCGAAAGAAAUAAAUAAUCCAGAAAUUGAUUUAGUGGAUAAAGGCAUUUCAAGCUUAGACGAAAUACCUGGACUAUUUAGUCUCGAGAAUAUUACACGUUUAACAUUGAGUCACAACAAGCUGCAAGUCGUUCCUGCCGGACUAGCAAACCUUAUUAAUUUGGAGAUUCUUAAUCUUGCUAAUAACCACAUCGAAGAAUUGCCAAUCAGCUUAUCAUCGUUGCCAAAGCUUCGAAUUUUAAAUGUGUCGCUCAACCGACUGUACACUCUACCAAGAGGCUUUGGAGCGUUCCCGGUUUUGGAAAUUUUGGAUUUGACGUAUAACAAUUUAAAAGAGCAGACUCUACCCGGAAAUUUCUUCAUGAUGGAAAGUCUCCGAGCAUUGUAUUUGGGAGAUAAUGACUUUGAAUUCCUACCAACGGAGAUUGGCAACUUAAAGAAUUUACAAAUUCUUUCAAUGCGAGAAAAUGAUUUAAUAGAAGUACCAAAAGAGCUUGGUCAGUUGGCCCGAUUAAGGGAAUUGCAUUUACAAGGCAACCGUCUUGUUGUCCUACCACCAGAAAUAGGUACAUUGGACCUUGCCAGUAAUAAAUCAGUACUGAGAUUGGAAGGUAACUUCUGGGUUCCACCAAUCGAAGACCAAUUGAAGCUGGGACCGUCACAUGUACUUGACUACUUGCGUUCCGAGACAUAUAGAGUACUGUACAGCCGCCACAUGUCGGCUAAGCCGCCUCCACCGCCGCAGACGCUGGACAAGAGCAAGAAAGCCAGCAGGGCUCGCUCCUAAUUUCCUACUUUCAUAUUUGUGUUUUCACCAUAACAGAAGCAUAAUUUUAUCGUUAUUUUAACACCUUUACUAGUAUUACAGUUUUAAUACUAAAUAUACUGUAAGAUUUCAUAACAUUAUUAUUACACUUCACAAGUUAUUUAUUGCAUUGCUUGCUUUCAUUGUCAAAACAUGUCAUACAUUUCUCGAUCAUUAAUGUCAGUGCAACCAGAGUUAUUAGCAACAUAAUUGUAUAAUAUAUGAACUUUUUAAUUAACUUGAACUUAUAAAGCUUUGUAACGUUACAACAAUAUUCAUUGAAGUAUAAAUUAAAGACUGACAAAGAUAAUUAAAUAUGUUAAAUGCCUAUUUUGCCAAUCAAAUGAUACUUAAUGUUACAAUCUCGUCAUUGACAAAGACAUAUGGAAAAAGUUAUUGCUAUAUCAACUUAAAUAGAAAUUAAAACAGCGAGGCUAUUACGUAAGAAACAUUUGAAUCUCGACAACAUUAUAAACAAAAUUGUUAUUAUUAUAUUUCAUAAUCCCAUGCAUUACUAAAAUCUGAACAUAUUAUUCUAUAAAUUUGGAAUAUAAUGAGUGUGUAGGGUUCUAAUAAAAGCUGUAGUAAGUCAUAUUAAUUUAUGUGAGGAUGUUAGAUAUCCUAUAUCUUUCGCUGUACCCCUGACAAUGCAUAUGCAAAUUCCACGAUGACCAGUUGAGUAGUUACGGCCUGAAAGCGUACCAAAGUAAUCCACUUUCGCAUUUUCAAUAUUACUAAGGAUAACGAAGGAACCGACUAAUUAAUUUGAAUGUUUCAUACAAAACAAUACUACAAAUUUAAUUUAAAUAUGAGUUAGAAAGUUUUACUAAAACCUUAUGAUGCUAGAGACCACUUAAUUUGAAAAUGAUUAUUUAAUAAUAAAAAAAAAUACAACUUUAAUUUUUUUAUAUAUAACAAUAAGAUUAAUUAAAUUACUAAAAUAUUAUAAGCAAUAUAAUUAUAGCAGUGUUAGGCCCCCACGCUCUUGCUCUAGCUGCGCAGCCAGGCUGCCUAGUGCGUGGAGGGCCUUAUUGUUGGCUUCUUAUUAACCUUUAUUUAAUUAUUAACAAAAUCCAAUAU